AUGGGGAGCCGCAAUUCACACGCUUUAAGAGACCUCGAAGAGGAAUCGAGCAACAGCUUUGGUGCGAAAAAUAUCACGAUCAUUGUGAUCGCUAUAAAUUUCCCUUUGUUUCUGAAAUAAGAAUAAAUGGAAACUUGGAUCAAGGUAGGUACAGAUGUCGCGGAAGGCUUAAACGACGCUUAGUUCUAUGUUUUGCAGUUCUGGCUUCGGUCAAACCCACUCAAAAAAAAAAACUGUCAAGACGUCAUAGUGCAUCGGAUUUGAAACUAUAGAAAAAUUCCGAAAAUCUCCCAUUUAGUGUAUGCGAAAUGAACUUUUUCAGAUGCUUAUUCAAAAAAAUCCGAGAGCAAACUUUACUGUCUCCAACAUUUUAUCCCCUCAUUAGGUCAAUUGAACGUUCUUACACAAGUCGAAAAUUCAUUAACCGUUUUUUCUCGGAACUUGUUUCUAGAAGCUGAAACCUAUUACACCGCGUUCUUGAGACUUUUCGAUAUAAAUAAGAAACAUCCGUUUCUUCUAGACGUUUCUGUAGUUUCUCCCGUCCCGAACCAGCGGUGAAGGAAAAAUAUCUUGAAAGUGCCUUUUGCUGGCUGGAUCUCAGGAAAUGUUCAAUAUCAACUGAUCUUCUCCUCAAAGUAUUCCUCGGCAGCGGAGCAACCGGCCGACGUGUUUGCGGCACGCGGAACAACACGCGCCGCGGUUUUCACCACGAAUGCUUGCCCAUGUCAACUGCCUCGAAUCGUUCCCACUUGUACUCGUUUUUUUCCUCGAGGCGUCAAGGUGAUGCCAGAAGCACUUCAGAGUACAAAGAAGUCCGUGUGAAGCAUAAAUGAAUCGUAGAGGCAGGCAAAAAAUUGUAAACCAGAAAAAGAGUGGCUUUCGUGAGAGCUGAGGUCAAAGAAAAUCAGAUUUUUACAAUAAAUCAUGGGAAAUAGAUAAAAAAAUUACUCAAGAUAAGAUCUCUAAAGGUACAAAUCACUAGGCUCGUAACAGAGAAAUUUGAGUUUUCAGAUAGUUACAAAAAAUUUUUCAAUUUCUGUAGUCACACAAAAAACGUGGUUUUAACUGAAUAUCCGGAAAAUUCAGGAAUUUUACAAGUUUUAUGAUAUCAAAACAAAAGAACCAAUUAUAGAAACAAAAAAAAAUUACGAAGCACUGCCUUUUCAAACCUUAAAAAAUUAGGCUCAGUAAAAAAGCCGCUCAAAUUAGAGAAAGGCAUGAAUUUGUGAAAAGAAUUCAAAAAAAGACUCCAAAACGAUUGUCGGUAUCGCUCGAGGCGCACAGCUGAGAGACUCCUUGAAUAUUUGUCAUUUUUUUUUCCUGCCGAUUUUCAGAAAAGCGGCUUACGAGCCUUUGGCGCGAUCGCCGCCGUCCAUUUAUUUAUUUAUUUAUCUUCGCCUUCCCACAAAAAUCACAUUAAAUUUAAAUACAAAAAGAUUCAAAGCUUCUUCAAAAUUUCAGACAUGGUUUUCACUUUGGUUUUCUACUCGUUAGAUAAACAAAUUUCAGUUGAACAAUUUAAGCAAAAAUUUUAUAAAAACAGUGGCGUCAUAAUUCUUAUCCAUCCAUCGAAGAUUUUUUUUUGACAGAAGUUUGAAAUUUUCAAAUUUAACAAUAGGUUUCAUAAACGAAAAAGUUCGAGACUACAUAAAAAUGAGUAUUCCCGAGCUCAAAAAAGUAAUGAUGGCCGGCCUUUAGAUGGAAGACAUGAAAACGUAACACGAGACCCGUACUUCAUUUUGCUUUUCGUUUCAAAAACGCUUCGAGCUGGUCCGUUGUUGCGUUCAUUUUUUGUUUCACAGCCCUUGUUUGUUCAUUUCCUCGGUUUUUUUCGGAGGAAAUUAGAGAAUAACGAAGCUCUCGAGAAUUUUCACCGGCUUGGAAAAACAGAAGCGGUGAGAAAAAAAAAAAGGACUUUCAGUUCGACUUGAGUUUACAAAACAGUUUCGAAAAUGUUUUCAGCAAUUUGUAAAGUCUUCAGUAGAACUUAUUUCUUUGUUAGUUGUCGAAAACACUGAAACACGAGUAAGUUCAAAAAUGAUCUCAAAACAACGGAGGAAGUUGUUGGCCAUACGAUUACUGUUUAUAAAAAUUUUUUGACAAAGUUUUUAACCACUCAACUUUAAAUUUUUUUUUCAAUCAAUCUUAUCUUCACCAGUUUUUCCGCGAUAUUAUCUUGUUACGCGUAGUGUGGCUCAAGGCGUCGCUCUCCAGAAGCACCUUUCUAUAUUUUUGCUGGCUAAAAUACACUUGCACGCCACAGAGCUCAAGGUCAGAAACACCUGAGUAUAAACUAAACAUCGAAAAGAAACAUUUCAUUCUUUGAGUAGCUAUUCUUCUUCACAUCAUUAUUUUGAAGUUCCAAAGUACUCACCAAGAUUGUGAUUGCAAGAAGUAAGAAUCGAAUCAUAGCUAGAAGCGUCGCAGAUCGAAAAGCCUAUACGAGUUCGAGAUUGUGAUCGAAGUGGUAAUGUCAGGGGUUGGCACGUCUGGUAGAACACGGGGCUGAAGGCUGCCGGAGGAGCAGCGGAAAAAAAGGCGGGAUCACAAACAAACAACCGGAACGGCGACCGGCACACGCUGCCUACGAGCAAACUGGCGACCUCUACCGAUGAGUGGCAAAACGUCAGAAUCCUUGACUCAUGCCUUCAUCCAGAUCUUUUUUCUGUCUCGAAUCGUUUGACAGAUUUGUUGAUUUUGUUUAACUGCGCAAACGUCUUGAGAACCUGGGUAUUGCUUACCAGUUUGGUUUGCUCAUGGUUCUCUCAUUGAAUUGAGUCACACUCACAGAAAAAUUCAAAAAAAAAGUAUUUGGAGUACUUAGGAAAUGCUUUGAAAUACGAAGAGGUUUUUUUUACGGAUCGUGGGAUGAAUCCUUUGGUUAUUUUGUCCCCGAUCCGAAGAGAAUUCGUCUCUGAAAUCCGAACACCGCUUCGCUCAUAGAAAUGGCUUCAGAGUUACCUUCGGAAGUCUCAAGCCUGUUGAAACAUGAAGCAAUACUUCGACGCUUAUUUUUAUUCCAAGGCGUAAGGCUCUCUCGAUAACGAAUUGAAAAUUUAACGUCGAUGCGAAAAUUCGGUAGAUAAAACUAGGAUAUCAAAAAAGAUAUCAGAACCAUGUUUUAUUUUUCUUUUCUAUUACUAAAGUUUCAUUUGAAAGUGUCCUAUGCGAUUUAUUCUAGCCUUCUAAACUGCUCUUCAAAGAGCGAUUUUCUUCUAAACACGAAUAAUCCGUCCAUCGGAACCAGUGUCCCUAGCGCCUGAGGGCAACCUUAAGCACUACCUCCAACAUGUAAGCCUUCCAGCUAAUAUUUGCACUAUCACCAGCUUUUACGUGUGAGGAAAAUAGGAAGUGCCGCAUAUCUUCUUUUUUGGUCACUAGUUUUUCGAUGGGGUAUUAGUUGGAGUAUAAGCAAAGAUAGUUUAUAGAAGAGUUUUUCGGAGGGGGUCAGAGAUGACCUCCGCCAGACGGCGAGCCGUAAGAGGAGCGGCAGGAGCGUUGAUUACAAUUCGGGAAAUUUGAGACAUACUUUUGCGGGUUUUAAGUUUGAAGUUCUGAAACUGAAGCUUCGGAUUUCGAAAAAAAGAUCAGAAUUAAUGAAAAUCUUGUGCACCAAUCUUUAUUUCAGCUCUUCGCAAAGCUUGAAGCUCAAGGCGUAACUGGGAAAACUGAUGACGAGGAGCUGGACGAGUUGAUGCGGGGAGCAAUAUUGUCGUUGCGAACUUGCCUAGUGGAGCUCGAAAAAUUGGCUGGUCUGACAGAUAGUUUUUACUGCAGAUAUUUAGGUUUGUGAUAGAAAUAAACUAUGCUUGAAUUAUAUAAUUAUAGUGACAAUGAAGAGAGCAGUUUGUCAAGAAACUCUCAUUGGAGCAUCUGUGGACAGCGACGACGACAUGUCGGAGCCGGUAACACCUGACUGUGAGGUAAUUCGAACUGAAAAUGCAUUUCACCAGGCAGUUUUAAGAUAAAAUAUUCACGCUUUAAAAGGAAAAAAAGGAAAACCGUCAUUCAUAUAACCAAAAGGUCAACUCCUCAUAGCCUUUCAAGGAAUGCAGAAAUAGGUUCUAGUAGCUACAAAUGAUCGUUUAUCUUCAGUCUCUACGGGUUUCUGAGCUCAUAAUCAAAACUGAAAGAAAAUUAAUCAUGCGAUCCUAAUUCUAUCAGAAAUGAAAUUAUCGAAAACAAGAUUUGCAUAAAAUUUCGCAACUUGAUAAUAUUAUUCUUUGGCAAUCCGAGCGGUUCAGAAUCGGCCGAAAGCAGGUCUGGCGGACUCGGUGGCGACGCUGACAACCUCGCACGGGAUGCUGUCGAUCCCCCUGCAUAUUACGCAACAAUCCAUCACGAUGAUUCCCUCGUCUUCGACCGCCGAGACGAAAACCGCCUUUCCGUUCCUUCACGCGGUGGCGCCCAACCCAAAAACGGCUGAUCAGCCAAUGUUUUGUUGCAGUUCGGCUUCCCGAGACUUCCUCGUAUGUUGCCGCCGGUGAUCGACGAGGCAGCCCUUCAAAGGGGUCCGCGUCUUCAGAGCGGCGCUGUCGAGAACAGCGAAGAGGAAAAAGCUUCUUCUUAA